GGUGCAAGAUGGCGCUGCCCUUUGCACGUUCUUUGCGCUUGUGCAGCUGGGGAGCCAAACGAUUGGGAAUUGCUGUCGCGGAAGCCCGGAGAGGCAUCAGUUUCAAACUGGAAGAAAAAACUGCCCACAGCAGUCUGGCACUCUUCAAAGGAGACACAGGUGUCAAAUAUGGCCUGGUGGGAUUGGAGCCCACCAAGGUGGCCCUGAAUGUGGAGCGCUUCCGGGAGUGGGCAGUGGUGCUGGCAGACACAGCGGUCACCAGCGGCAGGCACUACUGGGAAGUGACAGUUAAGCGCUCCCAGCAGUUCCGGAUAGGAGUGGCAGAUGUGGACAUAUCCCGGGAUAGCUGCAUUGGUAUUGAUGAUCAUUCCUGGGUGUUCACCUAUGCACAGCGCAAGUGGUACACCAUGUUGAUCAAGGAGAAAACCCCAAUUGAGGGCAUCGGGCAGCCAGAGAAGGUGGGGCUGCUGCUGGACUAUGAGGCCCAGAAGCUGAGCCUGGUGGAUGUGAGCCGAGUCAUUGUGGUCCACACACUACAGACAGAUUUCCGGGGUCCAGUAGUACCUGCCUUUGCUCUUUGGGAUGGAGAGCUGUUGACCCAUUCAGGGCUUGAGGUGCCAGAGGGUCUCUAAUUUGUCCAUCACUGGUGGCCCUAAUCAUGUUCUUGGCCAGUCUUCUAUUGAAAGUGUUAAAAGCCUCCUUUAUACUUUGCCCCAAGCAGCCUGUAGCUCCCAGUUCACUGUUGGGUCCUCUGUGCAAUAUCCCAGCCAACUUCCUCUCCCCUACCCUGUGAAAGCUAGGCUCAACAGCCACACUCUUCCUCCCACUCCACCCCCAAACUAUGCCAGUUUCCCAGGUUACCAUGGGUGUUUUCCCUUACUUCCUUCAUCUCUCUGCCUCCCUGGGCCCAGACCUUCUGACUGUAUUCAGUUCUGGGUGUGUCUUUUCAGCUUUGUUGGAAUUUAUUCAUCACUAUAGCCCUUCCUCCCUUGCCUACAUACAAGUUUUGUGUAUUGGAGCUUUACCAAAUCUCUCCAGAGUAAAUCCUUUCUACCUCUGGC